UCAUGCAAAAAAAAGGGAUAGAAGUGUAUAGACGUGUAUCCUCGAUAAGUUAUAACACUGAUAAAAUUAUUCGUUCUCUCGAGAGGUUGUUCGAAAUACAUAAUAUAGAAGCCGUUAUUAAGAAAUCCUGCUCGCGAUUAUUACAAUAAUGUUAAUAAAAAAUAAAGACUGUUGUGUUAUCAUUAAAAGGAAUAAAUUAGACGAACAAACCGGAGAUGUAAAUGAUUAACAUGGUUUUAUUAUUGUUUUUAACCAGUGGUCGACUUUCACCUUGCUAAUAUAAAUCGAUUAAAAUAUAUUUUAAUUACUUUUCUCCGUAAAAACUUUUUAUCAACUGUUAUUGAAAUAAUAGGAAUUGUCAAUGCAAUAAAAAAGUAAUCGCCAUCAUAAGGUGGUCUUCAGUUGUUCAUAUCUUGAACCAAUUAUAGCAUUUCUCGAAAACUAGAGCAACCCACACCUACAUCUCUAACUCUUUGCAAACAGUAAUUUAAUCUAGAUCUUCAUGUGCCUCUAUUUACUCCUGUUCCUGCUUCUAAUACUUCUCUCUCUAGCCCUUCUUCAUGUCGGGGUAGGUGGCCUAUCAAUCCAUCUCGCCUAUUUUUAUUGACUUCCAUAACGGCCUAUGUUCUCCUACCCUUUCCAAUAACUCCUCAUCUCUAGCCCUUUCCAUCCACGGUAUUUUUAACAUCCUCCUAUAACACCACAUCGCAAACGCUUAUAAUUUUUCCAUAGCGCCCACCAUCCACAUUUCACACCCAUACAGAGUCGCGCUCCAAAUAAGACGCACUAUUAAUAAUAUUCGAAUUUCCAAAUUAACCAAUCGCAAACAUCUUUAUUACUAUCCUGAGAUACUCCCUAAACACCGACUUGUUCAUUUUUUUCGUCUAAAUUACAUUAAUAAUCGUUGAUCCAGAUCUGGGUCUUAUAAAAUUUAUGAAAAUCAAUUUGUCAUUUACCAUAAAUAUACGAGACAUAAUAAUGAUAACAAUAAAUAAUUGUAAUAGUAAAAUAAUAACAAUAACGACAAAAAGACAAUUGCACUAGCUCUACAAUCGAACCAUAACCGACCGUUUCAUCGGUCAUGAAACCGUGGUUGGAACCUGAAACGGACUCUUCAAGAGCCAGUCCUUGGAAGAUACUCGACGAAGAAGGUGUUCGACUUUCAAGAACCACCUACUACGGGUCCAAAUACUUGUUGUUUAUAUUUCGUUUUUGUCAAAGCGUGAUUGUUUAAAUUUUUUUCAUUAAAUUAUAUUACUUUGUUAAUUUUUUUUUGUGAAUAAAAUGAAUGAGUUACAAGGUGAAAAGUUUGCGUCGUGUCUGACGAAGAAAAAUUAAACAUUCUCACCACUCUACCGGAACUUAAAGAACAAUUAUUGUGCUGAUGAAAUAUGAAGUGCACGCCUGCGAAAAUUUUGUGGAUCGCAAUUUUUUUGCUAACGGUACUCAUGGUGAAAGGGCAGGAUUACGAAGUUAGCAACAUACAAUGCACAUUUGCAACACCAAGUGGAGGAAGUAUGGAUUCUAUUAUGGCGAAAUUGAAGAAACCGGAAAACUUCCGGGGUCAUCCGCUUUUCGCGGACGACAGAGUCGUCGAUCCAGAAAAAGAUGCGCACUGCCAAAUUCGACAAGAUCCAACCGAACCAACGGGCCUUUUUUACAAACUAAAAAUACUUGAUUUCAUGCGAUGCGGGGUGAUUAAAAGAAAUGGCUUUGUUCAUGUGAGAGUGUGGUUCCCUCAAUUCCCAGGGGUAGUGAUGCAGUCCGAUCAGGAAUUAAUAAUAAUGUGCAAACCCCCGGAACCUACAGUAAUAGAAAACAAAGCUGCUGGAUUUGCAGGGAGCUUUCCCCAUGGAGCCAGAGUUUCGGGAGUGGUAGAAGAAAGUCCGGGACGAUUAGAAUACGAAGUUGCGUUGUAUAAAGAAGCACCCGCACGAUUAGGAAAUAAUUCCGGGGAAUUACCUGUCGACCAAGCCGUACCUAUCGGAACAAAAUUGCAACUGAGGGCUCGAAUAGGGCAACAAUCGGCUUGGAAAUUCGUCAAGCUUAUAGAGGUCACGGUCAGCCCCGAUCCAGAUGAACCUCAUGUCCCAGGAAGCGUAGCUCUUGUCAAAGACGGGUGUAGGAAUAGGGACUUCUCGUCAAUUAUUCCUCAUCAGCCGGCAAGGUAUCGGGAACGGCCUAACGAAGUCUUUCUCGAUUUCGAAGCUUUCCUCCUGAGCACUAUGAAGGAACGGUCGACCCUAUGGAUCCACUCUCAAAUAAAGGCAUGUAUGGAACCCAGCGACUGUCAGCCAGAGUUCUGUCUGGAUCUAUUCGAACCAUCGGGACACGGGAGAAGAAAAAGAUCACAAAACAUGUCCAAUCAAAACAACGAUUUCGUUCGACGAACUGGACAUAACGACACCAUACAAUUUACCAAAUUCAAUGAGAACAUCGAGUACACCGUUCUGAUGCCAGGAGAAUUCUUUCAUAAAAGAACAGGAGGUCCUGAAAAUUCCUGUAGCACAUUCUUGGCCACAGCUGGUGUUUUAGGUUGUUUACUUUUUCUUUCGGCGUUCGUAAUGUGCUGGUUAGCUUUGAGAUUACAUGCGGUUGCUAUCUGCGCUGAAAAUGCAACCAAAAAUGUGGACGGACUUUGCAGAGAUGGAAGGCACUAUCACGAAGCCUGCUACACCGGCAGGGCUAUGACCCAUUAGGAAGAAUUUGAGAUAUAAAAAGCAAUUUUAAAUCGAACCUUCCCAACAAAUAUUUUAAGUAUCUACCGACUGCUACCGAAGUACAUAUGGACACAGUACACGUUUACUUUCGUUAACAUUCGCUAUUUUUAAUUAUGUAAUUAAUUUUUACUUACUUGUAUAUACCUACAUACUUGUAAAUUGCGUAUUCUAGUUUGUUCUAUUGUAGUACUUACAUUGGU